CGUACUCAAUGGAUGUCUUCAGUGAAUAACAACUGAUUUAUUGUUUAUGUUUUGAAUUGAUUUGCGAUUGAAUUGAAAGUUGCGUUCAUUUGAAGGAUUGGAUUAUCGGCUGAAAUGGCGGUCAAUAUGUUUGGUCUCAUCGUUUCGGGAAGACUUGUUGUGACGGACUUCGUGUCAGUGGAUGUGAACAAGUGUUUGAUUACAAUCCAAAACGCCGAUGACAUCAACCACGUGGUCGUCUUCAUGACCGGCACUCAACCCUUUCCCGAAGGGAUGGCCGGAUCUGUGUACUUCAGUUUCCCGGACCCGUCAUCGCCGCCGACGUGGAUCUACUUGGGCUUCAUCUCCAAUGACAAGCCGUCGGCCAUAUUCAAGAUCACAAAAUUGAAACAAUUGAAUGAUUUAAACGGGUCGACAGCGGGCCCACCGGUCGCCACCGGCUUUGGUUUCGCGCAACCGAUUGUGUCACACGUGGCACAGAUCGGCAUUUCGACGGAACCGUUGGCCGCCAUCUCGCAGAUGACGGCCGACCCGAACGCUAACGUUUCCCAACAAAACAAUUUCGAAGAGUUCGCGAUUAAAGCGGCAGAAAAUCUGUUCAAUUAUUGCACUUCUUUUUCAAAUAAUUUGCAACAG